AUGAAAUCGCUACUCUUCGGACUUCUGCUCGUAUCGAUGGCUUUGGCCGGAGGACUGGGUCCUGCUGGUGAGGCGAGAGUCCGACGGGGAGGUGAUGGGAAGGUGAAACGAGAUGUGAUCGAUGAUUUGAGAAGAUUCCCGGGCAAGCGUGAUGUGAUGGAUGACUUGAGAAGAUUCCCCGGUAAACGUGAUGUGCUGGAUGACUUGAGAAGAUUCCCCGGUAAACGUGAUGUGCUGGAUGACUUGAGAAGAUUCCCCGGUAAACGUGAUGUGCUGGAUGACUUGAGAAGAUUCCCCGGUAAACGUGAUGUGAUGGAUGACUUAAGACGGUUCCCAGGCAAGCGUGACGUGAUGGAUGAUUUGAGAAGAUUCCCUGGAAGACGU